AUGCAAAAUCCAACUCCCGGACUUGGGACCGCUCAGGAUAGGCGCUUUGUGCCAAAGAGCGCAGCACCCAAUAUCAAGGGCCAUGAGCCUCUUCCCCGAAGGCGCAAUGCACUGACGUGCGAUAUGUGCCACAAGAAGAAGACAAAAUGCGAACUCGAAGGAUCCAAUACUGUCUGUGUACAAUGUAUGCGCCGUAAUACGAGAUGCAAAUAUACCACAAGGAGGGAGAAACGAGAGAAUCUUAAGAGAUCGCAAUACGUAAAGGAACUGGAGGAACGCGUGAGAAGGACCGAGUCUUUGCUCAAAGCAGCUGGUCUAUUAGACGAAGAGGGCGCCGGCCAGGACGAACUCGUUGACGGCGAGGGAGACCAGCCGGACAGCGACAGCGAACAUGAUAAUGGCCGAAAUGAGGAUAUCUCUGGAACGAAAAAUUCGGGGGCCAUAACGGAUAAUCAACCGCGUCGUCAUUUGUCGACGGGCCAGAAGUCAGGCUCUACGACAGGCAACCUUGAUCGAAGCUCGUGCCCUCCACUCGGGCCAAAACGUCCGCCCACGAAUCGUGAGCGCAAAUACUCAGCUACCGGUUGUAGUGACCUUCAACAUAUUCCGGUUCUCAGGGCAGAUGAUAGGGAGGAGUCUCGAUACUAUGGACGAUCUUCCUCCAUGUCUAUCCUGUCGCGACAAGGGAUAGAAUGGAUCAAAGAAAAGACCGGCGACGUCAAAUUUCUCAGCUUUUUGACCACCGAUUCGGACAAAGAUAGCCCUUGGGAUUACUGGCGGCCAGAUGUGUUCCACGAUCUGUUUUCUUCGCAAGUCUUCAAGCCUCUUCCGUCAAGAUCAGAAGUGUUCUCGUUAAUGAAAGAUUACUUUCGCACAUUAAAUCGUCUGUUCCCGCUCUACCAUGAGGAAUCAUUCAUGCGCCUGGUGGAAUGGCAAUACACGCAACAAACAUGCGACGAUGCCGCCCGCUGGGCCAGUAUAAACAUCAUCCUCUCCUUGGCUUACGAAUAUCGAUUCUCCAACAGUCUGAAACCCGAAAGGGAUAAGGAGAAGGCUUGGAUGUACUUCAAAAACGCCAUGUCGGUCUUUGUCGAGUUGACUCUCCGACGGACUGAUCUGUUGAGUAUACAGGCGCUAUUGGGCAUGGCACUUUUUCUUCGCGGAAAUUCAGGGACUCAGUCGGCGUUGCCGAUUAUCACGGCAGCUAUGAGAUCUUGUCAUCGAAUGGGACUUCAUAGGGAUCUUCCCAGACCUCACUUCUCGCCUGUUGAGCAGGAGCAGAGGAAAAGGGUUUUCUGGAUUGCUUAUAUUCUUGACCAAAGCACAUGCGUCCGGUCAGGAAGCGCACCAACUCAACACGUCGACGACUUCGACGUAGACCUCCCCUCCGAAGAAGAUGACGACUACCUAGUAGACAACUUCCAGUCCUUCUUCCGCCACCUCUGCCGCCUGACCGUCAUAAAAGGCCGCAUUUGCUGUAAGCUCAACUGCACCAAAGCCCUAGACAACCGCUCCGUCGGCGAAAUCUUCCAAAUCAUCGACGAACUGAACACAGAGCUCGAAGAGUGGAAAAGAAACGGCAUCUUCGACCUCCAGUUGAAAAUGAAGCCAGCAGGAGAGGACUUUCUGUUUGGGUUUGCGACGGCUGGUCUUCGACUUGUUUAUUAUAAUUUGUUGAUCAUGGUUCAUCGUAUCCCACUGAUUGUCCAUUUCAUUCAUGCCCGUCAUAUCCCGCCAGAUAGGCAAAAGGCCUCUGAUCUACGACUAAUCGCGAACCAAUCCGCCACAUCCGCAACAAUUUGCCUCCAAGCCGCCCGGGACACCCUAAAGCUCGUGAACAGCUUGCCCUGGGGCGACAUCGCCUGGAUAUGGUCCCUACUAUACUACGUCUUCCUCGCCGUGAUAACCAUCUUCGCACAUGUAAUAGAAGACAGCCGCCACCCAAAAGCCAAAGAAGACGUCAACCUGCUCAACAUCGCCUCCACGUUCCUGGGAACCCUGAUUCCCGCCGACGGCUCGUGUAAAUACGCACGGUUCAUGGCGCAGAUGAGUGCGAAUUUCGAGCGCAUUGCGUGGGCUAAUAUUGAGAGGGUUGAGAGGGCGGGGGAGAGUUUGGAGUAUCGGGCUUCUACGUCUGUGACUGCGUCGCCGAGGCUGGGCCAUUGGCAUGCGUCUGGUAAUGAGUCGAGGAGUCCUUGCGCUUCGCAUCAUGUCCAGUGUCAGGAUUCGGGAUAUGUUACGUCUCCGGCGUCGAAUGUGAAUAUGGAGAUGAAUAUUCCGCGGGUUGAGAAUUUGCCGCAUAGUCUUGCUGUGCCUGGCCAUAAUAAUAACGACUACCACCAACCGUGUCAAGGAAUGACGGACGAAUUACCAAACAUGAGCCCCAACUACACCACCACGACCAACACCCCCGCUGCCCCCAUCAACACCCACUUCUACACAAACCCCGCCAACAACCUCUUCCCUACAAACCCCGCCCCAAUACCAACCCAAACACAAACACCAUCAACCGACACCCUCCCCUUCUCCAACCCGAACCCUGAUCAUAACCCCUGCACCGGCACAGGAACGGGAACAGGAACAGGACCCUGCGUCGUCCCCUCACCACCGAAUCUAUGGCAGAUACCACUUACGGCGGAUUGGGAGUUUAAUCAGUUCUUGAACGGUAUGCCCUCGGGUAUACUCCCCGGCCCUGGUACUGGCACCGACACGGAUACAGCAACCAACACGAGUGCAGGCUAUCCAUUUGAUCUCUCAACUCCAGGAUUAGGAAUAAAUCCUGAUCCUGGUCCUGCAGUCCCACAACCACCCACCCUAGCCCCUACUAUGGAUACCGGAAAUAUAAUGGGCUACGACUACGGCACCCAAGCCCAAGCCCAAGCCCAAGCACAAGCGCAGAUGCAGAAUCUGAACCAGGGUCAGAACCAGAGUCAGGGUCAACAGCAGCAUCAACUGUAUCAGCAGUUUAUGGAUGCGCAGACGCCGGCGCAGGUUAUUGAUAAUGUGAUUUGGUUUGGGGGGUUUGCGGGUUUUUAA